AUGAGCUCCGUCGAUUCAUCAUCAUCAUCGCCAACGUCAUCUGCAGAGAAAUUGAGCGACAAGAACAACAAUAACAACCACCACCACCACCAACACAACAACGACAUCUUCGAGCAAUAUGGAGUUCACUUGGAUGGCGAUGAUGAUGACCAGCGGGUAUGCUGGAAUAGCGAUGCCCCAGAUCAUCCCCGAAACUGGAGUCCUUCGAUGAAGGCGUACACGACCACAAUCAUCUGUUGGUUAGAGCUAUAUAUGACUGGAAUCAGCUCCGCGGGCACAGGCGCAGCAGACACUGCACGUUUCGAAUACCACAUCAGCCGCACACUCGCCUACUUCGCCUUUGUCACCAUCUAUCUCCUAGGCCAAACCAUUGGCGGAAUCGUCCUGGCUCCCGUAUCAGAAACCUUUGGCCGUCGCACCCUCUACAUCGUCGGCAGUUUCCUCUUCUGCAUCUUCUCCAUCAUCACAGCAGCCGUACCCUCCGUCGCCGGAGUAUACAUCGGAAGAUUUUUCCAAGGCGUAGCCGCAGCGAUACCCGCGACGGUAGCGUUUGGGAAUUUCAACGACAUGUAUGCCGCGCGCACGAGGAUCGGGAUUGUAUAUGCGUAUACCAUGGCGGGAUUUGUGGGACUCUCGUUGGGGCCCGUGUAUGCCAGUUAUAUCACGGCGACGUGUGGAUGGAGAUGGGUGUUUUACAUCUCGGCCAUUGCUUCUGCCGUGUCGGCUGCUCUCGCCUUUGGAGUCAAGGAGAGUAAGGCGGAUCAACUGUUGGAGAGAAAGGUCCGGGCCAUCAGAGAAGCGACGGGGCGAGAUGACUUGCAGGCGGAAUCCACAUCUUCCGAGGGCUUCAAUUUCAACGCCUUCGCACGAGACUCACUACUUCGGCCAUUGAAGUAUUUGUUCACCGAGCCCAUUGUGAUCUUCUGUGCUGCACUGUGCGGGAUUGCCUUUGGGUUGCUGUACGGUCUGACAGCCGGGUUGACGGUGGCAUACACCGAUCCACCAUUCGACAAGACGUUUUCCGACGUCUCCUCGUCGCUCUCAUUCAUCGCUAUCCUCAUAGGAGUUCUUCUGGACGUGCUGCCGCGCUUCUACGACUACCAUUUGCUUCGCAGGUGCCAGACGCAGCACCUCCGCAUCGUGCCCGAGACCAAAAUCAGGUCCUUUGCGAUAGCAUGUCCUGCUCUUGCCAUUGGACUCUGGAUCUUUGCGUGGACCGUACCUCCCAGAGUGACGACUGUUCCUUGGCCCAUCUCCAUGAUCGGUCUCAUAUGUGUCGGCUUCGCGACGACCGAUUUUUCAUACGUUCUAUUCGGCUACGUGACUGAUAGCUACGGCGACCAUGCCGCAUCUGCAGUGUCAGCGGUCAGCGCCACUCGGACCAUCGCCGCUGCAGUCUUUCCUCUCUUUGCAUAUCAGAUGUUCUCAGGUCUGGGAACAAACAUUGCUGCCAGCAUCUUGGCAGCCGUGGCGUCCGUGUUUGCCUUCACGCCGUUUCUGUUCUUGACACAGGGCCAGAGUCUGCGGCAGAAGAGCAAGUUUGCGAUGGAUGAUCACGACUGCUUGCCCGAAGAGAAUGGGCACAUGCAGGACGAGAAAGCCUGA